AGCUCGAAGCUCCAGCUCAAACUUAACUUGAAAUUUAUUCUCCCGAGUAAUUACCAGUAGAACUGGUCUCGCGCGGUUAAAAACCCCAGCUGCGUUCAAAGCUCCCGCCCGCUUUUGACUCACCAAAGUCGCGCGAUUCUCGUGUUUCUUCGAAAUCAGUUGAAUUCAAGCUUCAAAACUGGCAGCACGCAUCAUGUCCGCAGGUCGAGUGGUUAUUUACGGCGGCAAGGGAGCCUUGGGCUCUGCCUGUGUCGAUCACUUCAAAGCCAACAAUUAUUGGGUGGGCAGCAUCGACCUGACGGAGAACGAGAAAGCCGAUGUGAGCAUCGUGGUGCCACGCGAUGCUAUAUGGUCGGAACAGGAGGACGCGGUGGUCUCCAAGGUGAGCGAAUCCCUGGCCGGCGAGAAGCUAGAUGCUGUCAUCUGCGUGGCCGGCGGCUGGGCAGGUGGCAAUGCCAAAAAGGAUCUGGCCAAGAAUGCCGAUCUCAUGUGGAAGCAGAGCGUCUGGACCUCGGCCAUAUCCGCAGCUGUGGCGGCUCAGCAUCUCAAGGAGGGUGGCCUGCUGGCCCUAACCGGAGCUAAACCUGCUCUGGAGGGAACUCCCGGCAUGAUUGGCUAUGGAAUGGCCAAGGCAGCUGUCCACCAGCUAACCCGAUCGCUGGGCGCUGAGAAGUCCGGCCUGCCAGCUGGAUCCCUGGCCGUGUCCAUCCUACCCGUCACCCUAGAUACACCCAUGAACCGUAAAUGGAUGCCGGAUGCGGACUUUGGCACCUGGACUUCCCUCGCUGAGGUGGCCGGCCUUUUCCUCAAGUGGACGCAAGCUCAAGAGAGGCCCAAAACUGGAUCUCUGCUGCAGCUGAUCACCAAGAAUGGCGUUACAGAGCUCAUAGCCGCCGAAUAGUUUAAAAGAUUAAGAUACGGAUCCAAAUACACUUACGGAAAGAACAAAAAUGCUCAAUAACCAUAUUCUAAUUGCUUUCGCUUGUACAUAAACUAUUCAUAAAUAAAUCGCUGGGCGGCUUUCGAUCGUUUAA